AUGGCACCAUCAACCAUUCUCUUUUUGACCCUCAGUGAGCUGGGCCAGGCAACUGUCAGUUUAGCCGUAGCCCAUGAGUUUCUCAUUCGCUCUUAUGAUGUCCAUAUCGGCUCGUUCGCGCCUUUAGAGACCGCUAUCUCCAAGCUCAAUAUCCGUGCCGCAUCUCUGUCAUCAGUGACAAAUCGUGCGACUUUCCAUCCGCUGACUGGCCCUCCCAUGAUAGAGGCCGAUCCUUUGUUCAAUAUAUGUGCCGAUUCAUUUCGCGUUCAUAACAUCGGUUUCCGAGCAGCUCUGAACACAUACAAGCACAUCCUACCCGUAAUGGCAGCCCCAUGGGAUGGCCCACGGUAUAUGGCAAUAUAUCAAGACUGCUCUACCCUCAUCCGCACGCUUCAACCAGCCAUUGUCGUACUUGAUCCACUCUUCUUACAGGCAGUUGAUGCGUGCCGCAUGCUAGAACAACGUUAUGUGGCCCUGUCUCCUAACACAUUCAAGGAACUGACGAUACAGCCGAGGUUGGCGAGCUUGUGGAAAUAUCCAAUUGUGGGUUCCGGUUACCCUUAUCCUUUACCAUGGUACCUGAUUCUUCCAAACGUUUAUCUUGUUCUUCGGGUGCUAUUGGUUCUUAUGGGCAACCCAAGAGUCCGAGAGCUGACAGCAUAUCGUACUGCUCAAGGGCUGCCCAGUGCAACCUCUGCACAGAUCUCCCAACUGCUCAACAAGGACAAGACUGAAGUUCUUCUCCCGACCAGAUGGGAGACCGAAAUUCCUUGCUACUUUCCCGACACCUUCACAUUAUGCGGUCCCAUAUUGCGCCCCUGUGGCCCAAUUGCCGAGGAGGAACCAGAACUGGCUUCUUGGCUCGGACGACGGCCAACAGUCUUGGUGAACUUGGGAUCACAUGUGAGGUAUACGAUCGAUGUUUUGAAGGAACUCAUGGAAGGGUUCCGCAUGCUCCUAGAUAAAAGGCCGGAAGUCCAAAUCUUAUGGAAAAUCAAGCCAAGUUCCGGUACAACUCUCGAUGAUACCACUCUACCUGACAAUCUUCGUACUGCCGUCGCUGAGGGACAAGUUCGGGUUGAGCCGUGGCUGGCAGUGGAGCCUAUUUGCAUUCUCACGAGUGGCCAUGUAGAGUGCAUGGUUCACCAUGGAGGGUCCAAUUCUUACCACGAAGCGAUACGGGCUGGCGUGCCACAAAUCAUCCUUCCCAUCUGGCUCGACACCUACGAUUUCGCCUUGCGCGCAGAAUGGCUAGGCAUUGGGAUCUGGGCAAGUCGCAAGACUGCGCCAGGCGUCAACGGACCGGAAUUGGGGCAGGCAUUGAUUCGGGCGCUAGCAAGCGGCCAGAGCGAGUCGAUGCGACACCAGGCGCAAACUAUCGCAACUAAAUUGGGGCCAAAAGAUGGACGAGUCAUCGCAUGUGAGAAGAUCAUUUCCUCGCUAACAGAGCCGUGCAGCAUGAAGAUGCCCCAAUGA